AUGGAUCUUGGUGGCCAACACACCUGGUUCAAUUGUGAUGACUUCGAUUUACCAACCUAUAAGUCCAUCAGUUGCAACACUGAAAAAUGUAGAAAGUAUAAGGGCUAUGAUUGCAUGAACUGCGCUCUUCUGAUCCCUGUCCCACCACGGUGCACUAACAAUGCAUGUGCUGUCACCUAUUCCAAUCCAUUUGCUUUUCAAGAUAUUAACAACAGCCUAGCAGAAGAUGCCUUAUUUGUCGAGUCUACCAAUGGCUUAUCAGUUGGAUUAACCUACAAAUCUCCUGAUCCAUUUCCAUUUUCAUGUUCUGAUUACUUGAGAAAUCUAGCCAGUGGAACCAAAGGUAUGAUAGGCCUCGUAAAUACAACUACUUCCUUGCCUGCACAAAUGGCAGCACAGUUUAAUUUACCUCACAAAUUUGCUCUUUGUUUGCCCUCUACAUCUGGUCCUAUACAUGGCCACAUGUUUAUUGGCGGGGGGCCAUACAUAUUUCGGCCAUAUUCUAAGAACAUUGCUAAAAAGUUGAUCACCACAAAACUCAUUAGUUACCCUGUUGAUACUGACAAAAUUUAUACAGUAACUGACCCUUACGACGAAUAUUUCGUACAUCUCAAAUCUAUUACUAUUGAUCAGAAACUUGUCCCUCUUAAUGCUUCUUUACUAUCCAUCAACGAAGAUGGCUUUGGAGGUACUACAUUUAGUACUCGAUUUCCUUUCACAAGUUUACAGAGAACUCUCUAUACAGUUUUCGUUACUGCUUUUACUGAGGCUGCAGCUAGCAGGAAGAUGAAAAGAGUAGACGGACCCUUCGAUGUGUGUUUCAAUGCCACAAACAUUCCCAAAAGCAAGACAGGACCUGCGGUGCCACAUAUAGAUAUCGGUUUUGCAGGGGGCAAGAACGAAUGGAGACUUUACGGAGCCAACUCAAUGGUAUCGGUGAAUGAAGAAGUAUUAUGCCUGGCAUUUGUGGAUGGAGGAAAAUUUCCAAGAACUUCAGUUGUCAUAGGAGGGCAUCAACUAGAGAAUUAUCUUAUCGAGUUCGAUCUUAUUUCUUCCAAUGUAGGGAUUAGCUCUUCACUUUUAACUCGAAAUACAACUUGCAGCCAGUCCAGAGUCCUAUAA